AAAGACGUCGACGGGUUCAGCGCUGUUACGAGUCGUACCGAGUGAAGAUGGCCCCAUCACCUACCAAACGCAGAGAACGUUCAGAGGACAAAUCUCGAGAGAGGGGUAAAGACAAAGCUGUGGUGAAAGAAGGUGCCGAGAAGGACCGCAGCAGGGACAAAAAUCGCAAACGACGCAGUAACUCCACCGGUAGCAGCAGCAGCAGGUCGAGUUCCAGCUCCAGCAGCAGCUCUGGUUCCAGCUCUGGUUCUUCCAGUGGCUCCAGCUCCUCUUCAGGCUCCAGCCGCUCCGGCUCAUCAAGCUCGUCACGCUCCUCCAGCUCCUCUGGCUCUUCGGGGUCACCCAGCCCCAGCCGUCGCCGCCAUGACAACCGCAGACGCUCACGUUCAAAGUCCAAAUCACAGAAAAGAGUGGAGGAGAAGGAACGAAAGAGGAGGAGCCCGAGCCCAAAACCCACCAAGCUUCAUGUCGGAAGGCUUACUAGAAAUGUUACCAAGGAUCACAUCCAAGAAAUCUUCUCUACAUAUGGAAAGAUCAAAAUGAUUGAAAUGCCAUCAGACCGCUGUCAUCCAAACUUGUCCCGGGGUUAUGCUUAUGUGGAAUAUGAAACUGCAGACGAUGCCCAAAAAGCCCUAAAAUACAUGGAUGGAGGUCAAAUCGAUGGUCAGGAAAUCACAGCGACAGCUGUCCUGACUCAGAAGCUGCGGCCUGCACCUCGCAGAAUGUCUCCUCCACGCAGGAUGCCUCCUCCUCCACCCAUGUGGCGGCGCACUCCACCCCGCAUGAGAAGAAGGUCUCGUUCGCCACGCCGUCGAUCUCCGGUGAGAAGGCGCUCUCGCUCCAGAUCUCCCGGUCGCAGACGCCAUCGCUCUCGCUCCAGCUCCAACUCCUCAAGAUAAUAAGAUCAUCCUUCAAAUCUGCUAAGGCUCAUAGUUCAGUGUCACGAAGCAACAAGGCAGAAACUUCAAUUCUUAGUUUGAUAGACUGGAAUUACUUAUCAGUGAUGGAAUAAAAUCCAUAUGUUUUCUGUCAGCAUUUUGUUUUUAUGUAAAAGAUGCUCACCACAGUUUGUGCUCAGUGAAGUAAUUGCAUCAUUUCUUUUUUUUUUCUUUUUCUUAUUGUGUGUUGUGCAUAUGGUUAAUGUUUUGAUGCAGCAUCCACGUAGUCUUUUGCAACAUUUUGGACACGUCAGGUGCAUGUUUUGUUAUUUGGCCAAGUAAACAUUAUUAUAUACUGCAAGAGAAAUUCCAAGCAUUAUUGUUUCCUAGUUAUACAUAUUUGGCAUCUGACAAAUUUAAAUUGGACAAAUAAAUACAGUUUGUUAAGAAAAUAGCCAAAAAGUGUUUACUGUUGCAAAUUUUAAAUGUAUAAAAUCAAGAAAACAUGACAUCUGAUAAGUGGUGUCCACAUUUUUGCACAACACUGUACCUGUUGCCUGCAUACAAGGUUUUACCUUUUUUAAAAGUAGUUUUGACGUUAUGGCAAAACUGAUCUCUGUACUUUUGGAUCAUUAAAUAUCAUUUUCUUUUUGAAAUCCUUUA